AAGACGUACUUUUUUUUUCCGUUGCACCUUUAGUUCUUGACCCAAUCAGAGCACUGCUGCUGUUGACAGAAAUGAUAUAUUUGGGUUCGCCCAACUCUCCUCGAUUGCUUCAGGUCAAAAGCUGAGCCAACAGUCUACAUCCGGCUAUUUUCCAACUCUCUCCUCAACCUUCUCAUACCUGCACGCACCCAGAGUUAAUCGAAGAUAUCAGAACUUAAGUCGGUGUAUCUCACCAAGCAUGACAAGUCCAACAUAUAGAAUGGACCCAUUGGGGCAACCCGGAAUGGUCAAGGACGAAGAGCACCGUCAGAUGGUAUCGUAUCACGAUAUGACUGCUCAGUCAGGGUCGAAUGACUUCCAGUGUCACCAGCCCACUCAAUUUGCGCUCCCAUACUCUCACUUUGCCAUCAUGUACAUCGACCACCGAGGAGAACUCCAGGCCGAAACAUCAUCAUCCAUCACCGGAUACGAGAAGGCAAUUUUCACAGACGAAGUGCAAGACCGGUUUUUGAAAUUGGCCAAUGGAGAAUGGCAGCCCAAUGUGCAAAACAUUCACUCAGACAUGGCCUUGUCCAACUCUACUACUCCAAGUUCCUGGUACCACCCAACCCAAGCACGACCCGUAGGCCUCAUUCCUUGCGAGUGGCAGUCGCUCCAGAACAAGCGGCACAGGCGCGGUCUGCGACGCGUUGACUCAGGUACCGGACACGGAUGGGAGCCUCCAUCUCCCAGCCCGACCCUUAAGAGAUCAACUCUCCGGGUCGGGCAGACGAAGCUUCUAAGAGCGUACUACGAAAAGGCAUUUGAUUGUUUCCAGCAACUCAACUGCCGAGUGAUUGCAAAGGCUUUUGUCAAGCUGGUUGAGCCCCGAAAACAAGUCAUGCAUCCAUACAAUGGUCGAAGAACAGUGGCCGGAUCCUCCCAAGAGAAUGACCCCGAAAAGACGAAGCCGAAAUGGUGGCCCACUGGAGUAACACAUAAGGAACCUGAUCACCUGGGCAAGCCUGAACGAAUUCGAUUGCUCGUACAUAUCCUCUGUGAGCUGAGGGAGAGUCAUGGGGUCACUGCAGAGAAGCUGAAGGAUGCUGGACAAGAUGUAAGACGGCAGAUAGUACCAGCAAUGCGCUUACAAGUUCUGGAUGAAAUUUAUUAUGUUCGCGGGAUGGAGGAACUUUACUUGGAUGGAAAAAUCAGUGGCGACACCACAAUCCAUGUGUCCCAUGUCCAUAUGGAGGAGGAGCUACAAGGACAAGUGAUCAGCAACAAUACUUACGACCCGCUGGCCACGAUGCCAACCGUACAAAGAGAUCAACAGACCGUACGCAGAUCACAGCGGGACAUACCUAUAAUUUCAGAAGACAGCCAUUACCCGAUCAUGAGAAGCAACAAACGACCAGCCGACUCCGAUUGUUACCAACCCAUAUCACCGGCGUCAUCCUCUCCGUCAGUCAGCCGCAAGAGUUCCAUGGAGAGAAACCUCCCUGCCUAUUCAUCCGACAUAGACCCGGCUAUACUAUCGGGGACUGAGCCCGUCAGAAGUCCGUUAGAGCCCCAGGGCCUCCACGCUGCAGGGCCUACCUCUAUACCCGACUACUUUGCCCACCAGUUCGCAACGCCAUCUACCGCACACAGCACCCAUCCCGGAUAUUGGGGCACACUGGCGGCGCCUAAUGUGCACCCGCAGUUUGCCUUUACCGGAUAUUGAAUAUAUAUUGCGGCCUUGAGGCCACAGGUCACACGACGUAUCUUAUACAUAUUUUCGUUUCUCUGUCAUUUGCUUUUUUGUGCCGUUAUAGCGGAUAUUUGGUAUAUAUGGGAGCUUUUAUGGACAUAUACAUUAAUCAUAUUUUCUUUCGGGUUGCCCAGGAUAGCAACAGAUAUUUUGAGGAAGCUUGAACAAUAUUUCACAUUUCCUAUGUUCGUGUGGCUAGAUGUAUAAACGUCCGGUUUGACGUCUCACCGUGUACACAGUAAAUUCUGAGACUAGGGCAUGGAA